GAGUGCUAAACUGCCAAUUUGCUAUAUUUUACAAAUAAAUUAAAUACAACAACUGAAAAUUGUAUACAAACACGCCCCGUUAAAAUAUUUGUGAACUCCAGUAAAACAUGUAUCGGUUCAGUAGCUAAAAUAUUUCAGAAAUAAAAAAAAAUGGCUAAAUCGACCUUUAGUGCGGUCGAUGAAUAUGGAUUUGAAAGACACGAAGACUUCGACUACGAAAGCUAUGAAGAAUUCAUGUCAGAGUAUUUAAAAGUAUUAGCAUCGAGAGCUCAAAAGUGGUCAGUUCUGUUGGGCGAAGGAAAAUCUCUGAAGAGGACAAACAUCGUAAAACGAUACGUUCGAAAAGGAAUACCAAGUGAACAUCGACCAUCAGUAUGGAUGGCUAUAUCAGAAGCAGAGAGAAUGAAGGAGCAGGCACCAGAUUUGUACCAGAAGAUACUGGACAGUCCAUUUGAAAAGGAGCUAGUGGAUCUUGUGAAGACAGAUCUACCAAGAACAUUUCCUGACAAUAUCUACUUCACAAAGGAAGCCAAUCAUCAAGCUCACCUAUUUAAUAUUCUGAUUGCUUAUGCUCAUAACAACCGAGUUGUGGGAUACUGCCAAGGAUUAAACUACAUAGCUGGUUUAUUAUUAUUAGCAACAAACAAUGAAGAAACAUCAUUUUGGCUGCUAAAAGUGCUGGUCGAAAAGAUUCUUCCUGACUACUACACAAGGACUAUGGAUGGUCUUAUUGUUGAUAUCGAAGUGUUGUCUGAACUUGUGAAGUCCAAGGUACCUGAUGUACACCAGCAUGUUAUCAAUUUAGGUUUGCCAUGGGCUGUCAUCACCACCAAGUGGUUUGUCUGCCUUUUUGCUGAGGUACUACCCAUAGAGACGGUGCUCAGGAUUUGGGACUGCCUGUUUUACGAGGGCUCCAAAAUCUUGUUUAGAGUAUGUCUGACACUGAUUAAAAAUAAUCGAGCGUCGAUUAUGGCUUGCAAAGAUUUCACAUCCCUAGCAGAAUGCUUUAAAGCAAUUGUCAAGAAUGCCAGCGCGCUUCACUGCCAUGAGUUCAUGCAGUCAAUCUUCAAGGUGCCAGGAACACUGUCAAACGCUACUAUAAUAAAGUUGCGAGCGCGAUUCGCCAAGCAGCGCCGAGAACAGCAGCAGAAAGAGCCUCGAUAGAUAUGUCAGAAGUCUGAAAAACCUUGUGAGUCUUAUUUUACCAUCAGGACCUAAGACAACAACAUAUAAAAAAUAUUUUAAAAAAUAAUUAAAUAAUUAUUAUACAUAACACUAUUAUGAAACUCAGUGCAAGUAAGCAGUAAGUAGUAGGCCAGUAAAAUGUUUUGCAAAGAUUUUUUGGCUUGUGGCCAAAAUCAAAAAGCCAUAUUAUUUAGGCUUAAUUUACACAGCUGCGAAAUGGAACGGAAUGGCAGCGUCAAUUUGGCCUCAUGAGGCGGGAGUUGGCACUGAAGAAUUUUCGAGAAUUCAAUUUCAUUGAACAAAUGCAUAUUUCUAGUAGAACUUGGCCUA